ACCGCCAUUAGUGUCCCCACUUUUCCUUCACAACGUUCAUUAUGCACAAAAAAUAUUGUUGAGCCGAAAAUCCCCUAUUUCGACAUUUACAAUCAAUUAACUGUCAAGUAAUUAAUCCAUAGUACCUCAUCUCCGUUAAAUACUCGGAACUUUCGUGUGAUUAUUACUGAUUUACCCUGUUACCGGGCAGAAUAUCCCUUUUGUCAAAUGUUCAGUGAGACAAAUAAAGUUCUACCGAAAAAAGUUGGCAUAUUCGAUGUUUAUUUAGCUACUUUAUCGAAUUUAUCGAAAAAACCGAUUCAAUAGCAAUCAGCAAUUAUCAAUCCUCAAUAGCCGUGAGAUUAUAAGUGUCGUUCAAAAUAUAUUGUCCAUAAAUUAAGAAGAGAUCGGUUUUAGAAAAGUGAAAACAUGUCGACUACCGAAAUUGAUGAGAGAGUCACUGAUGAGAUCGAGGCAUUGGGCGCAAUUUUGCUGGAUAAUGAGCUAAAGGUGAAGGAGAAUAAGAGAGGAAUUCCUGAGGUAAUUGAAACUCUAGUUUUCCCCUCAACCGGAGAAGAUUCUCAAUCGCAGUACGUCUGCGUGACCCUCGUAGUUUACCUAUCCCCAGGAUAUCCAGACGUCUCUCCAGUAGUAACAUUGAAGAACCCUAGAGGAUUGGACGAGGACACUGUGACACUCAUUCAGCAGCAGGUGGAGGACAAAUGCAACGAUUUUUUAGGACAACCUGUUAUGUUCGAGCUCAUCGAGUUGGUACGUGAACAUUUAACUCGAAGUAAUCUGCCAACUGGUCAAUGUGCUGUAUGUCUGUACGGUUUUCGUGACGGAGAUGAAUUCACUAAAACCGAGUGUUAUCAUCAUUUCCAUUCCCACUGUUUGGCAGCUCACGUGGCAGCCGCUGAGAAGUAUUAUCGCGAGGAGUUGGAGAAAGUGCCCCAGUGGCAGCAGGACUCUGCCGCAGCAUUUCAAGCCAUAUGUCCCGUAUGUCGAGAGUCAAUAAACUGUGAUGUCAAGAGUCUCUGUUCAGCUGCACCACCAAUCGACGUGGAGACAGCAACCGAGUUCUCCGUCACCGCUGAAUUACGCGAAUUACAACGGCAAAUGUCAGUUUUGUUCUUGCGCCAGCAACAGAGAGGCGGAAUCAUUGAUCCCGAGGCUGAGGGCACCAAGAUGCUACUGAGGACAGAGGAUGACUCUGGUGCAGGUGCUGAGACACCCACUUCACCUGCAGGUCCCAGUCUCCCAACUCUUGCUGCUAAUUCUACAGUGCGUCACCAACAGGUCUCCGAAGCGAAACAUUCGAAUCACCAACAAAGUAAUGCGGAAAAAGAUAAACAGAGCGAUAAUCGCGGCUCUCACAAUAAUCACCAUCACCAUCAUCACCAUGGGCGAAAGAAUCGUGGACGUGGCCGCGGUGGAUAUGAAUCUCGUCGAUGUGAGCGUUUACGUCAAAACGAGACAACACCCAGAUGACAAUGGGCUGAGUAUAGUCAAAAUACUGCCCAUUUUAUUCGCAAUAUAAUCAAUAAUCGUUUUAUUAUCCAUGUAAUCAGCUCUAAUUGUCACGUCAGCAAUACUUGACUCAAUUCUCGUCACUAUUCUCCUUUAUUCUUGAAUUAUUUAGAUUAUGUUUCGUCAUUUGUGCUUCAUUACCAGCAAAAUUACUUAAUGUUAAUUAAUGUUAUUGCAUAAUUAUUUUGUAUGGAUGAAUUAUUUUUUUAUUUUAAAGCAAAGCUCUCGCAUUCAGUUUUCAGUACUUUCGUAUUUUUCUAUGAUUUUGUUUGUCAUUUUUGGUUCGAGAAAAUCAUCUUUGACUGUGAUAUAUUAAUUUUUCAUACUUUGGAUUUUUAUGAUUACGGUUUUAUAGGAUCCACUUGUUUAUUGUAAUCAUAAUAAAACUAGUCAUUAAAUAGA